AUGGAAACACCAAAUAGUCAUCAUCUUGGUGAUGAAGCAUCCACUCUCAUGAUGAUGAAUACUCCACAAUUUCUCAACUAUGUCUCCACCAAUACAUCAUCCUCUCAAGAUAUGUUAUCGAGUCCGAUUGCCUCUAAUCGAUUUCAUCCUUCCUCAUCAUUAUCAACAAUAGAACAACAACAGCAAGCAAAUACAACCUCAUCAAUUAACAAUAAUAACAAAUCAUCUACAAUGAUGAAUAUGGCCCUAACCAUGCUCCUUCUCUCGCCCAGUAAGCAGAAUUCACUUCUCCACACUCCUACCAAAUCAAAUUCUCUCACCAUUGAUGCUUCCCGUAUUAAUCAUGACAAUGAAAUGCUGUUUUCAUCACCAUUGAGUGCAAUGAUGAUGGACACACCACGUGGUAACUCGUCGAAUGUGAAUGGUGUGAGGAGAACUUUGGAUUUUGAUGAAUCGAUGGAUAAUUUUGAAGAAGUUUCCCUUUCAGAACCGAAUCAACCUAUUGCUGUGAUAAAGAAUACGUAUUCACAGGAAUUGGUUGAGAAGAUUGGUUUGGAAUCGAAUAUUGCUUCUAAUUUUGGAGAGUCACUGUUUGUGAGCUAUUUCCAUAGAAUGAUGUCUUUGUUGUUGGCCGUGCUGCUCUUUCCAACCAAAAUGAUGAAUAAGGAAAUACAGAGUCCUGUUAUUCCUGUUGAAAGAAACGUCAACACUCAUAAUAUUAAGUAUCAAGAGGAGAAUCCAAUGUUAGAGCAUUUUAUUGGUAAGAUGGAUAAUCAACAAAAAAGAAUUGAUGAACUGGAAACAAUUAUCAAGAAAAUGAGUUCUCAAAUUGAAGAUCUGAUAAAUUCAAAGGUAGAAUUGGAGAAACGAAUCGGUAAUGUAGAAGAAACACAAAAGGAAAUUCCAUCACAACCUGAAUCAGUCGAUUCACUAAUUGUCAAUCCUCAAGUAGAAAUACCAGAGGAGAAGGAUAGCAAUACCAAUCUAUCUAACAAUUCAACUUGUGCAGAUUUGGAUAGUGUUCCAAAACAACCAAUCGAAUCUAAUUCAGCUUUAAUAUUUAUUGUGCUUCCAAUUAUGAUGGCUAUCAUCUCCAUACUGUAA